AUGAUCGACACUGGGGCUUCAGCACGAAGAGAUCCACGCAGUGCACGACUACAAGCCCGCAAUCGCAACAAAGACAAUGCCACACCCGCCUCGUUACCUCAUCCUAGCACUACGAAGAUCUCUUCGAAUGGCAAUGAAAAGAUCAAACACGGCCGCAUCAUCAAAAGACAGGCCAGCAGUUCCAGCACCCGGCUCACGCCCGAGCAACGUCACGAACAGCAGCUCAGCUCCGCCAACACCCGCAUCACAGCCGCCGAAGAACAGCUGGCCGCUACAACCCGUCGUCUCCUCAAUAAGAUCCGGCUGAAGAAGCAGGUGCAGAGGACACUGGAUGAUAAUGUGAAGAACAGUUUAGAGGUCAUCAGAAAGCUUAAGAGAACGAAUAGCGGGUUGUUGUCGUGCUUGGCUUUGGCUACUGUGGCUUCAAUUUGGGAUCGUUGGGGUGGUGCUGAUGGGGUUAGUCAUGCUGCGAGUAGUCUGCUCGUCCCCGCGGUCACGGGGGUGAUGGAGAGGGUUUUGGGGUGA